GUGAGAAGCGAGCCGCGGUGAGGAACAAACGCGUCUCUCGACGUCUUUGAAUCGCGUUCUCCCACUCGUUUCACGUUAUAACUUUUAAUUCAUUUAAAAUUGUAUUAUUAAAAUUCAAUAAAAAUUAGUCGGUGUUUUUUCAAAUAAUGUUUUAAAUCUCGUUUAAUUUAUUUUUCUCAUUAGAACAUUGUGACAAAAACUUUAAAAAUGAUGAUGGCCAGUGCAAAGUUGGUGCGGGAGUGCAGCUCGGAGUUGAGCUCCGACGUGCGCUCCCUGUCCGUAGCCUCCUCCUCCGAGGAACAGGAGUCCACCACCGCCACGGAGUCAGAUUAUUCUGAAGAGGAAAAGGAAUACGAAUUGGAUGAUUUGCAGAUUUUAAAAACUAUAGGUACGGGUACCUUCGGGCGAGUGUGCUUAUGCCGGGACAAGGCAGCGGACGAGUACCUGGCGAUGAAGAUACUGUCCAUGGCCGACGUAAUUCGCCUCAAGCAAGUCGAUCAUGUCAUGAACGAGAAAAACAUACUCGCUGAAGUUAAUCACCCCUUUGUCGUUAAUCUGCGAUGGUGGACCCACGAUGACUCCUGCCUGUACAUGCUGUUCGAGUACGUGUGCGGCGGCGAGCUGUUCUCUUACCUGAGGAACGCUGGCAGAUUCAGUAAUAGCAUAGGUAACUUUUACGCGGCAGAGAUCGUAUCGGCGCUAGAGUACCUACAUGCGAGAAACAUCGUGUACCGAGACCUUAAACCUGAGAACCUGUUGCUAGCUAAAGAUGGACAUUUGAAGAUAACCGAUUUUGGCUUCGCAAAGAAACUAACAGAUCGGACAUGGACGUUAUGUGGAACACCGGAGUACUUGGCACCUGAGAUUAUACAGAGCAAGGGGCACAAUAAAGCUGUUGACUGGUGGGCAUUAGGUGUGCUUAUUUAUGAAAUGUUAGUCGGCUACCCGCCUUUUUACGAUGACAACCCGUUUGGCAUAUAUGAGAAAAUCCUUAACGGUCGAGUUGAUUGGCCGCGCCACCUCGACCCCAUUGCCAAGGACCUUAUCAAGAAGCUCUUAGUGCAAGACAGAACAAAAAGGCUCGGAAAUAUGAAGUGCGGAUCUGAAGACGUUAAAAGGCACAGGUGGUUCAAGCAUUUGGACUGGGCGGACGUGUUCAUGAAGAAAUUACAGCCGCCAAUAAUGCCUACGGUGUCGUACGAAGGAGACACAUCUAAUUUCGAUGAGUACCCCGAGACGGAUUGGAAAGCGGCGCGUGCGCUCGACCCGGACGAACUCAAACUCUUCUCUAACUUUUGAUGCACUUACACAAUAAUUUAGAUUUCGAAUACUUUAUAAAUCUGUACUUUGUUGCAAACAUUUACAGCCAUUUGCCAUUAGAGAUAGAAAUGGAAAUUGGAUAUGUUUAAAGAUGUUUUAACUUCUUUUGUUUUUUUCAAAAGUUGUUAUUUUGCAAAUUAAUAUAUUAAUUGUUUAGUAACUACUAACGUGUCUACGGUUUAUACAUUAUUGUAUGUGUAGAACAAUAUCAACUAUGUUCCUUUUUGCAUUAGAUGUAUUGUGUAGAAAAGAAAGGAUUAAGUGAUUUUUUAAAUCUUUGUAACAUAUAGUUUGUUGUUAAUUUGUCCAUACACGGUUUACAAUUUCAACAUAUACAUACUGUACGAAAUAUUAAAUUGCAUUUAAACCUUUGAGAAUACCAACAAUAAUCGAAAUUUAAAUAAAUUUUCUGAAACAACAAACUUUAAAUUAUAAAGUGUGGUCCCCGUGAAUGAAAACAUAAUCUUUGAGUUUUUUUUAUUACAUUAGGUACUUCUUUAAGAAAUUAGCUAGUUGAAUGAAAACAAUCACUAUAAAUUUUAUAUCAAUUUAAAUAGAUUAUGACUAUAACAAUUCCAAGGCUUUCUAGUAAAAUUUUAAGCGUUUAUAAUAGUUUUAUCUUACGAUUUACUUGGAUUCUAAUCCGUCGUUUGUGAUUUUAAGAGUAGUAUUACUUAAGUAGAUUUAAGUUUGUAGUGUAUAAGUAUUUAUUUGUUAUUGUGGCUUAUGGCAUAUUAUCAUUUAGUUAUAUAAAUCAUCCAUCUUGCUUGCUGUUGGAGUAUCCAUUAUAUGUAAACAAAUAAUUUGAAACCUAUUCCCACAAGACAUCAAGCCAAAGCCAAUGUAAAGAUAACUUAGAGACUCAGUUUAUGGUACACACUAUACGUGGAUUUAUUACUAGCUAAUAUUUGUGAAUAUUAAGUUGUAAUUUAUGUCUCGCCAUAUUUUGUUUUCUGUGAUCCUUUUAGUCACGAUAACCCUGCGAUGUAUUCGAUAAACUCGAUGUUACAAUACACAGCAAAUCGAUUGUACUAAAGCAAACGAAAUAUUAAAUAAUAUUAUAACAGGGUUUAUAAUAUAAAAUAGAUUAAAUCGAUGUAAAUAUUCACGAA